AAGUGCAAUACAAUCUACAAGUUCCUAGUUCUCCUUUCCAGUUCCCUUCACCAAAUAUAUUUCUCAGUCAUCUAGUUCUGUGCUCAUAGACUGUAGAGAUCAAAAAAAAAGUGAGAGAGGUAAAGGGAGGUAGUGGAGUGUUUUUGUUCUGGAAAAGAAAGGCGUUCUCCUGCUCCAGGAUGUUGCCUUUAAAGUUGAAAAAGUGGGUUUCCUGCAGAGGAAAUAGUUACGAAAUAGACAAGGCCGAGUGAAGGAGCCGUGUACCCUUCAGUGCGGACACUGUGCACAGGUCACCCAGACGUGGAUGGAACGGAGCUGUCUGGAAGGACCGACAUUCUUUUCAUGGAAGCUGAGUAUGGAUGUUGAAGACUUCUAACAAUUUCAGGUUCACAAUUGAAAAGUCGUUGUUUUGUUUCGUACUUUGAGUGAAUUGGACAUUUUGUGACAUGCACCUGUUGACCUUCUAGGUCAUGGAACGUUGUCUUCAGAAUUAUGUUUGAGCUCUCGGUUAUCUUUGAUGGUCAUGUAGCCGACAGUGACGUGUUGCUGACAUGUAGUUGUUAGAUCUCAAGCAGGAGAGCAUUCUUACACCUGUGUGGAACUCAUCUUGACCCAGAGUCUUCACAUGUGCAUCAAACAGUGGACACACCUGUGGUGCUACUCCUUGUGUUCUCUCUGCAGUUUUUGAGGGUUCCCCUCCUGCGUUAGAGACAAUGUCCCAAAACUACAGCUGCAACCUCCCCCUGGACACUGAUACUAAUGGUCUCACCUACAUCUACAGCUUUGCAUUUUCACUGGGUCUGCCGUCCAACCUGCUCUCUCUCUGGGGGCUGUACCAACUGGGCCGCUCUGGCGGGGGUGGCUGCCAGCUGGUCUACAUCCUCAACCUCUUGCUCUCCGACCUCCUCCAGCUGCUCACCCUGCCUCUCUGGAUCCUCUACCUGCAGGGGGGCCACAGCUGGCCCUACGGCCAGCCCGCCUGCGAGUUCGUGGGCUACAUAUUCUACGUGAACGUGUACGCCAGCGUGGUUUUCCUGUGCCUCAUCGCGCUCGACCGCUGCCUGGCCAUCGUCCAUCCCCUGAGCAGUCGUGGCGUGCGGACGGUGAGGGUGGCGGCAGCCUCGGGGGUGGUGGUCUGGACACUAACCUUCCUGUUCUGUCUGAUUGGGCUCCUGAACACGGUGUUUGAUGCCAAGAGAAAGCUGUGUCUGGAGCAGUACCCUAUCACCCCCAGCUACACUUCCGCCCGAAUCCGUGUGACCCUACAACGCUCACCCUCCGUCUCGGACCACGAACGCAACAAGAUCGUGGGCAUCCUCAUCCUCAUCACCAUUAACUUCAUCGUGAUAUUUGGACCAUACCACCUUGUAGGGGGAUACAGGUUUGUGUCCCUGCUCCUGACCGAGAAACCCUGCCAACUGGAACGGUCCAUUUUCCUGACCUACCGGCUGUGCUAUGGCCUGACCAGCCUCAAUACCCUUCUAGACCCCCUGUUCUACAUCUUCCUGUGCCACGAUGCCCGGCUCGAGCUACGCAGGUCUCUACCCUGCCUGGGACGUCGGCACAGAGCGUCCAAGGAGGUGCCUCUCAGCGCCAGAGGUCACCAUGACCAGAGUAUCAGCGUUUAGGAUAAACAGACCCGAGGGGACUAGACUUACUGUGCUGGCCUUGUUCCCUGGUCUUUGAGAGAAUGAGUCUGGCCAUUGUGUUUGCUGUUCUCUGUGGAUGCAUUCAGCUGCUCUCAAAGGGGGAAGGGGGGGGGGGACCUCAGUUCGAGGAACUGACUCAAUUUUCCAGCUUGACCGAGGAACAAUGGGUUUUGAGAAAGAAACGUAGCAAUUGUGCCACCCCAUGGGAGAAAUUUUGCUGGCUGGGAUCUGCAAUGGCAGUCUUAGGGGGAGAAUAUUCUGAAUGUGAACAUACACGAUACAACUUGUUCUGCAGCCAGAAGACUUUGUGAACAUUGAUGGAGAUCAAACACAAUAUAUGAACACUCUACAGUUAUAUCCUGUGGCACCCUUGCAAAGAUGUACUGUAGUCAUGAAGCUGAGUCAUGUGAAGGGAAGGAUUACGUAGAGUAUAAUAUGUCGUUUUUUCAAGUUUUAUUUUCCAUUUAAUAAUUUGCAUUAGCUUUGACAUUUAAAAGCAUAUAAAGCAUUUUACAACAAAAAUAAAUGUAUUGAUACAUAUUGCAUUAUA